GCGGUAGCUGGGCAUGCGCAGCCGGGCUAGUGAGGCCUAGCCAGCCUCCGGGUUUGAGUGCGAACCCGGGGCCGGGGAAUGAGUCAGGGAGGCUCUGCCUUUCUCUGCUGUGAGACUUGGUAGGCCUGGGGUUUGCAGAUGUCGGCCCUGCCCGCCCUCCCCUUGCUCAUCAACCUGAGCUGCUCCUUGGUGGGCUUCCUGGGCACUGUCAUCCUCAUCCCCGCCUUCAGGGAGCACUUCAUCGCAGCCAGACUCUAUGGGAUUGACCUAAACAAAACCUCCAAGCAGCAAAUCCCCGAAUCCCAGGGAGUAAUCAGCGGUGUUGUCUUCCUCAUCAUUCUUUUCUGUUUCAUCCCUGUUCCUUUUUUGCACUGCUGGGUGAAGGAGCAAUGUAUCAGCUUUCCUCAUGAUGUGUUUGUACAGUUGAUUGGGGCGCUCCUUGCCAUCUGCUGCAUGAUAUUCCUGGGGUUCGCUGACGACGUCUUGAACUUGCAAUGGAGACACAAGCUGCUACUGCCGACCAUGGCGUCCCUGCCCCUUCUCAUGGUGUACUUUACCAACUUUGGCAAUACCAUGAUUGUUGUGCCAAAGCCCUUUCGCAUCCUUCUGGGUCUCCAUUUAGACUUGGGAAUCCUGUAUUAUGCAUAUAUGGGAAUGCUGGCAGUGUUCUGCACAAAUGCCAUCAACAUUCUGGCUGGCAUCAAUGGCAUUGAGGCUGGGCAGUCUCUGGUGAUUGCCAUGUCCAUCAUUAUUUUCAAUUUAAUAGAGUUAAAUGGUGACUACAAGGACGACCACAUAUUCUCCUUAUACUUCAUGAUACCAUUUUUCUUCACCACUUUAGGACUACUGUACCAUAACUGGUAUCCGUCUAACGCCUUUGUGGGCGACACAUUCUGUUACUUUGCGGGAAUGACUUUCGCAGUGGUCGGGAUCCUUGGCCACUUCAGUAAGACCAUGAUGCUGUUCUUCAUCCCUCAGGUGCUCAACUUCCUUUACUCGGUGCCUCAGCUCUUCCAUAUAGUUCCAUGCCCACGACACAGACUACCAAGAUUAGAUGCCAGUACUGGAAAGCUGGGCAUGAGCUACUCAAGAUUCAAAACUAAGGAUUUGCCUAAACUUGGAAACUUUAUAUUAAAGGUGGCUGAAAAGUUCUGGCUAGUGGAGGUGAACCGGGGAAUUGGAGAAAACAGCGAAUACACAGAGUGCAACAACCUCACCCUGAUUAACUUUGUAAUAAAGCUGAUAGGCCCAACACACGAGAGAACCCUGACUAUCAUACUUCUGCUCAUCCAGGUUGCUGGAAGUGCGUUUGCUUUCAUGGUCCGUUAUCACCUGGUCCGCUGGUUUUACGAUGUCUGAUUCUCGAUCAAAAAUACUUGAAGCACAGCAUGGGCUAUUCCUGUGGCGGGGGUCAGGCUAAUUUUCACUUAUCCCCUUAUUGCACCCCCAGCUCAGCGAAUAUUGGAGUGUCAAUCACUGCUCUGGAUGAAUGUGCUUGGGUUUUUUUGUCUUUUUUUUAAAAGUAUCUGUUGUCUCAUGGUUAAAUAAUGUUACUGAAGAUUAGGUUUGCAGACUUUUGACUUAGUUUCCUUCGAAAUUACGGGAAUCAAAUGAUGGAAUAGGGAAUGUACAGUCACACUCCUAUUUUUACAUUGUAAGGGAUCACUUGAAAUAAUAUGACUGUAUGUUUCCUCCAGUUUGUGUGGGGAUAAUUUAAAUUCUUUGUAAAUUUUCCCUAACAUGUACUUCAUUGUAUUGCACACCUCAUUGCUGUAUGUUCCUUUAGAACUUGGUGCAAUAUUUAAGGGCUUUUUUCUGUUUUCCAGUAAUUAGAAUCUUUAGAAUACCUUAAGUCACAGAGAACCUUAUUUUCAUUUCAGGACUAUUUAUCACCGUCAAAUAUCUUUUAGUUCUAGAGAUUCAGACCUUAUGUGAACUAAGGCAGUGUGAAAUCACUCAAACUCCUGUAUCAUUGCAGUUCCCUAUUCAGGCAUGGGAGCCUGCCAUCUGAUCUAAAUUCAGCCAUAAAAUAUCCUUUCCAAUUGCACGUGACAUGUUAGGAUUUAAAGGAUGUCUGUCAUUGUUCAUGCACUGGAUCUUCAGUAGAAUGAAGAUUUUGAGAACUCAGAGCAGUCAUCACUAGACAAGACUGUACACCAACAGUAAGUGAGGAGAAAGCUCAUUGAUAGACCUGAGCCUCCUCCCAAAGGUCGUACAGCUGAAUCUUUGGGUAUGGUGUGACCAAAUAUUAAAAUGACUCCUUUGCCAAUAGCUCUAGAUUUGAUAUCAAUGGGUAUGCAUGCAGGCUUGUGCAAUAGCGAGCAUCCAUUUUAAAACUGCAAUAAAAUAUAGAAUUGAACUAUGCUCGGGGGUGAAAAGCUGACGAUGCAAUCUGGUUAGGUGACACAUUCUCCAGUGCCCAUUAAAGCUUUCCCAGGAUAUGCAAAAUUUCAGUGAUGAGUAAGGCACAGUGUUUGCAACUCUGAUAGAAUGGAUCAGGCAAAAGUAUUGGCCUGGCAAGAAUGCUGCCUAAAUUGCCACCUUGAUUUAAAAGGGUAACUGCAGUCAAAGGGUACAGAAAGUCAAGCAGCUCCCUCAAAGUGGUUAAGAGAUGUGGCUUUCCCACCAGCCAUUGAUUCAUAGCAAGUCUGCUAAUAGACAGCCUGUUACCCAGGUCAAAAAUCCAAAGAAAUGACUUGCUAGUUAAACAAAACCAAAAUACUGUGAGUGUCAGAAUUCUGAAAUACCAAUAGAAAAUGCUGGAAGCUCUCAGCAUGUCAGGCAACAUAUGUGGAGAGGGAAACUGAGUUAAUAUUUUAGGUCAAUUGACCUGAAACGUUAACAGUUUCUCUCUCCACAGAUGCUGCCAGACCUGCUAAACAUUAGCAGCGUUUUUGGUUUUAAUACUAUCACUUAAAUUUUUUUUUUUGAAAAAGACAUUGCUAUGGAUGGAAACUGGGAAAGUAUAUAAAAGCAAACCGUGGAGUGCAUGAAUCCCCAAGAAAUUCUGCUUUGAAAUAUUGCUGGCACACUUCAAAAGUUGUAAUUUAUUUCUAAUACGUUGCAGUUCAAAUCAAGCCUCAAACAACUGAUUUGAAAAUGCACAAAAAUAUUAUUGUCAAUUGUGAUAGUACACACUAAUAAGUUGGCACUGUUAAUUUAAUCUUAAAUUUGAUAAACAGAAAUCCUGUUUAUUUUGAGUCUGAGAGAAACUUCUCACUGUGAAGAGCUGUUGCAAGCUGUGCACAUGGUUACUGAAAUUCUUCACCUAUUGUUUAGGAUUCCUUAGUGUGAAUAAUUCGCACUUUCUUUGUUAAAUUGCUGUUUCCCUGGUGUGACCUCGAUUCAGUGCCUGGUAACUGGAAAGAAUUAAUGAAUAAUUGAAUAAAUUGAAGUGCAAGAGCAUAUUGCUUUUUAUAUAAAAAAUUAUACAUUGUGUAUAUGUAUGUGUACAAUUGAGACGGAGAUACUCUAGUAUUUGGAUAAUUUAAAGGCAAACAUGGCUUUGAGAAUUGUGACUUUAGCAUCUAAAUAAAAUCUUUAAAGUAA